UCCUCCUACGUCAUUCAACUCAUCACCGACGCUCGUCGGCAUCUUCCGCCGGGGCCAUGGCCAUUACCAGUCAUCGGCAACAUCCUCCACAUGGGUAAGCUCCCGCACCGCUCCUUAGCGCGCCUCGCCGACCGUUACGGCUCGCUUCUGAGUUCUGACGCUCCGCCUCGGCACGUCGCUCUACAUCGUCGCGUCGUCGCCGUCCGCCGCGCGCGAGAUCCUCCGGACGCACAACGCCAGCCUCUCCGGCCGGAGCCCCGCCGACGCGUGGAGCGGCGGGGGCCACGGCGCCAACUCCGUCUUCGUCCUCCAGCCAGGACGCAAGUGGCGCACGCUGCGGCGGCUCGGCACGGCGCACAUGUUAUCGGCGAGGCCGCUCCAGGAGAAGCUGGCGUUGCGACGCGACGCGGUCGGCGGCCUCCUGACGAACGUGUCGGAGGCGGCGUCCGGCGACGCGCCUGUGAGCGUUCGCCGCGCCGCGUUCACGGCGCUGGUGAGGCUGCUGUGGCGCGCCAUCUUCUCCGACAACAAGCUCGGUGAGGCCGCGAUGCAGGAGCUUUACGACUACGUGCGGGAAGCGGUGGCGCUGGUGGUGACGCCGAACGUCUCCGACCUGUUUCCGGCGGUAGCGGGAGCCGACCUCCAGGGCGUCCGGCGCAGGAUGGCGGCACUGGUGGCGCGGAUUUACCAGCUCCUGGACCGACAGAUCGAGGGUCGGAUGCGAGCGCGCGAUGAGUUUGGCCGAGGCGAUGCGAGCAGCAAGGACAUGUUGGAUGCGAUGCUUGACAUGUCGGAGCAAGAUGACGACGGCGGCGUCACCAUGAACCGGGAUGUCAUCAGAGCUUUCUGCACGGAUUUAUUUGUCGCUGCCCUCGACACAAGCUCCAAUGCAAUAGAGUGGGCUCUGGCAGAACUACUGCAGAAUCCACGAACCAUGAACACAUUACAAGAAGAACUCAGGACGGUUCUCGGCUCAAAAGCACAGGUCGAAGAUUCAGACAUAGACAAGCUCCCCUAUCUUCGAGCAGUCAUCAAGGAAACACUCCGGCUCCAUUCAGUCGUGCCCCUGGUGUCCUACAGGGCGGAGGCCACAGUGCAAGUACAAGGAUACACUAUCCCCGAAGGAAGCAACGUGUUGGUGAAUGUGUGGGCCAUUCAUCAUAAUGCCGAUGUCUGGACAGAGCCGCAUAAGUUCGUCCAGGAGAGGUUUCUGAAAAAGGACGUCGAGUUCUUUGGAAGGAACUUCGAGUUCAUCCCCUUCGGUUCAGGAAGGCACAUGUGCCUUGGACUGCCGCUGGCCAACAGAAUGCUGCUUGCCAUGCUGGGAUCACUUGUGCAUCAAUUUGAAUGGGAGCUACCCGAACUAGAAAGGGGUGUAGACAUGACCGAGAAGUAUGGAUUAGUGUUAUCUAUGGCCAGCCCAAUCCAUGCCAUUGCGAAGAAAAAGCAACAGUAGUAGCUAGCACUUGCCCACUCCUUUUCCUUCAUCUUCUCUGCAUUGACAAGUUUUUUCACCAAAUUAUA